AUGUCACCAAGUAAACAAGACCGGCACGCACGUCUGCCCGUGGAAAGUUCCUGGCGCAUGGUCGAGGGGAGCGAGAACGAUAGUUUCGAUACCUCUAUUGUACAAGAACCGUACGACGACGAUAUCAUCAUCUCGAGUGGGCCGUCGCAAGGCACCAUCUCCUCCCAAGACUUCAGUAUAGGGUCUCAGGACAGCAUUCGUGACUUUGCCACCAACGCAGACGAGGACCAGGUCAUCCUGAGAUCUCCAUUCCAGCCCUCCUUGGCGUCAACACGUCACGCGUCCGUGGACAAGGAGCUCACACCCGUGCCCGAGUUCUAUAUGCCCAAGGUAGAGAUUGAUAGUCCGCGUCGCAGCAACCGGUCAUCAAGGACAAUACGGCCCCACAUGGAGGAGCCGCAAGGGGUUCGCCGAAGAGGCUUCUAUCAACAAACGAGUGAUACAAGCCCCCAGAAGCGGCAGUACACAGGAUACGAGAGGUUGAGGAGAUACGAUUCCAAUGACUCAGCUCAGGGACGUCCUCCUUCUUCGUGGGAGAGGUUCUCUACAGCCGUGCCCGACGCCUUGUUCGAGACGGCCGCCUGGAGUUUCUCGGUUCUAGGCAUGGCUCUACGCUAUGCAAAAUGGCCGCUGGCCUUGGUCUUGGCGGUCUACAUGACUAUUGGGGCAGGUAUGAUCGCAAAGAACAUGAUCACGGACUCCAUCUCAACAUCGCUUUCGCCAUUAUGUCGGAUUCCAGGAGCAUCGUUGCUCGACCUACCAUUCUGCCCGGACUUGCCGCCAGUCCCCGGAAAGAAUGGGAGUCGCCCAGUCGAGUUUGACGAGCUCAUGAACGUCCAGUCCGAUUUCGAGAAAGUGCUCGAGAGCUCUGCCUCGGGGGUGUCGUUGCCAAUGGAGAUGAAGCGGUCCGAGGCAGCCGUGCGCGAUCUGCGCACCGUCAUCAAGUUCGCGAAGGACCUGCCAGCACGGGAGGAGCUCUUGUACGAAUUCGACGGCUACAUAAACUCUAUGAGGGACAUCUCCAACGACCUCCUCACAUUCAACACACACGUGGGCAGCGCCGUGGACUCGGUGAUCUCGAUCAACCGUUGGACAUCGCGCUACAUCGACUCCAUAUCGAUGGCGCAAGCAGCUCACGACAAUGUCCUAUCACGAUGGACCGACUGGAUCUUCUCGCCCUUCCAGCCGGCCGUGUUUGACGAGCGCAUGCUUCUUGACAAAUACGUGGAGCACACGGCUCUCGUGUCGGACAAGAUUGCGAACCUGAUCGUUGAGGCCCAAGGCGUCCUGCGACUCCUCACCCAGGCGGAGAAUCACCUGCAGCUGAUCAAUGAGCACGUUGUUCGCAGCGGCAAUGAUGUCAAGGAUAAACAGAGCGAGGUGUUCUGGACGUUGUGGACGCUGGUUGGCGCUAAUACUCGCCGGCUGCACAACCUCAGAGCCCAGUUGAGUCUCCUGCGCCAGGUCGAGUCACAGCGGACCUCAGCCGUGCAGCAGCUUGUUGGGCUCGUACAUGAUCUCGGCGAUAUUCAGGGCAAGCUGAGCGACCUUCGAGAUCGAGUUGCCGCGCCGGAGCUGUUGGCCGACCAAGCAAGCAUUCCACUAAGUGUGCACAUCGAGACGAUCAACGCAGGAGUUGAGCGGUUGGAGACAGCGAGGAGUAGAAUCAGAGCGGAGGAGAACGACAGGAUUCAACAGGCGCUGGCUAGAGCAAGGGACGAUGAUCGGUUGAUCGACGGAUAA